GCAGAGGCGUGCACGUGUUUUGGUCCGUCUCCUUAAGUCGUCCGGGUGUGCUCUGGCAUCAUGGCUGUGCCUGCAGGAAGGUCUGUGGUGUUCGUGACUGGAAAUGCCAAGAAACUCGAGGAGGUUAUUCAGAUUCUUGGAAAUAAAUUUCCUUACAAAUUAAUUUCAAAGAAGAUUGAUCUACCAGAAUAUCAAGGAGAACCAGAUGAAAUUUCUAUUCAAAAGUGCAAGGAAGCAGCACGACAGAUUGAUGGACCUGUAAUAGUGGAGGACACUUGUUUGUGUUUUCGAGCUCUGGGAGGACUCCCGGGCCCUUACAUAAAAUGGUUUCUGGAUAAGCUUAAGCCUGAAGGCUUAUACAAACUUCUUGCUGGGUUUGGUGAUAAGUCUGCAUGGGCUCUGUGCACAUUUGCUUUCUGUGCUGGAAAAGACGAAGAGGUGCAUCUCUUCAGAGGAAUCACAGAGGGGCACAUUGUGGAACCCAGAGGUCCCAGAGACUUCGGAUGGGAUCCUUGUUUCCAGCCAGAGGGAUAUGAUCAAACAUAUGCUGAAUUGCCCAAAGAAGUCAAGAAUACAAUUUCCCACCGCUACAGGGCACUGGCUGCCAUGUCGGACCAUUUUGCCCAGGUGAACAAUAGCCCUCCAAUGUCUAAGAAGAAAAAGGAUGAUGCAUAAUAUUUUGUUAUUAAA